AUGGCAAGCAAGUACACUUUGAAGACGAAGAAUCCCCUGUGUCGAAAUCAAAGUGAUGGGAUACAUCCAUUAUAUACUAAGCAAAGUGACAUAGAGGGAUGGUACCUGGUGGCGACUGAAGAUCUGGGGCGUUUAAGAUGGGUCUAUGUGAAUGACGAGAUGGAGCGAAAAGCUAGGCCUCAAGAUGCCACAACGAAGUUCUUUCUGGAGAUACCAACGGCCAGUCCCGAUCCACGUCCCGCCAAAACGACCACUGAGGCUAUUCAAAGGGGUGCCCGCUUUCAUACCAACACACAAGUCCGUGAUCUCGGUUGUUGGGCUACCGAUAUGAGUUGCAUAUUCUUUGUAACCCCGAUGAUGAUAAUCGCAUGGUAUAUCACCGGUGCCCAGAUUGAUGAAGCCUAUAUCGUCGAAUUGAUCCGCUUCAUGUUCAACUAUCAGAACCCCGAGAACGGUGGCUGGCCAACGUACCUAGAAGAGGAGCCUUCGCCGAUGGGGACGACUCUAGCAUACAUUGCAUUGAGGCUUGUGGGAGUUCCGGCCCACGACGAGCAUCUCCUCAAAGCCCGGUCAUUCUACCUUAAACAUGGAGGAGUAGACCAUCUUCCAGGCUGGGCCAAAUUCUGGCUUGCUCUGCUGGGGCUAUACAACUGGGCAAAGACUGACCCCUACCCAGUAGAGAUGUGGCUCUUGCCCGAGUGGGUACCAGUAAGUCCAUGGCAAUGGUUCGUAGCCACACGCCAGGUCUACCUGCCCAUGUGCUACCUCUCGUCCCGAAGGUUUACGGUGCCCACCAAUGAUCUCUUGGAUGAAAUCCGGCUAGAGCUAUUUCCUCCUCAACCGUCUGUCAGAUUUGGGGUAUCUGAUAUAGUCAAGGGCCUAUCUAAGCGCCACCAACCAAAAAGCUGGAUCCUGCAGACUCUAAAUUGGGCCCUUACGAACGUGUGGUCCCCGUGGCUUUGUCCCAGUAAACUGAAGGAAGAAGCCGAAAGACGCACGUGGCAAAUCAUACAAGAUACAGACAGGGCUAGCUGUUCGACUGGGCUUCUUAGUGUCGACGCUUGGCUGAAUAUGAUUGCCUUCUACUGCGCUGAGGGGCCCAAAUCCCCUACAUUGAAGCGAAUGCAUGAGACGAGUCUGGAGUAUUUGGCUAUGAGUCCGCAGGGGAUGCAAUCCAUGAGUGUACAUGGGGGUCAUGCGUGGAACACGUCAUUGGUGCUACAGACUCUCGUGUAUGCUGGCCUUGCAAAUCACCGCGACUUCCAAGACAAUGUCUUACAAGCGCAUGAAUGGCUACGACAGCAGCAACUUGUGGAUGAAUGGGAUGAAUCUCCUUCUUGCCAUCGCCCAAGUCGGCUCGGUGCUUGGUCCUUUACUACCCGUUACCAUGGCACCCCUUGUUCUGAUUGCACCGCUGAGUCAUUGAAAGCCAUCCUGCUGGUGGAAAGGGAGAUGGGCAUCCGACGAAUGAGUGAGCAGAACCUCCGUUUGGCAGUCGACAAUCUCCUUCUGAUCCAGAAUGCCAGUGGCGGCUAUAGCAGCUUUGAGCCUAUUGCCGCAGGCGAGUGGUUGGAGUACCUGAAUGGGACCGAAGUCUUUGGUCAGGUAAUGACAGAGCACGACUAUCCGGAGUGCACUUCCUCAUGUAUCGUGGCCCUAGCACUCUUCAGGAACCGAAACGGGAAAUACCGCCGGAGAGAGAUCGACACAGCCAUUGAGCGCGGCGUCAAGUAUAUAGAGACAAGCCAGCGGGAUGAUGGGGGCUGGAUGGCCUCUUGGGGAGUCACAUUCACUUAUGGUGCUUUCUUCGCGAUGGAAGCCUUGCACUGUGGGGGGCGGACAUAUGAGAACUCCUCGGUGGUCAGAUCAGGUUGCCAAUUUCUACUCGAUAUGAGGGAGCCAGACGGUGGGUGGGGUGAGACAAUAGAGUCUCGCUUGCUUGGUCAAUAUGUACGGGCACCUAGAUCGCACACGGUUCAGACAGCGUGGUCUUGCCUCGCGUUGAUGUACGCUGGUUAUCCUGACCAGGAGCCUAUCAAACGGGGGAUUGAACUGAUCAUCAGUCGACAAAAGCCCAACGGUAAAUGGGAACAAGAAUAUCCCGUCGGCAGUGGAGUGCUUACAUGCAAUAUUCAAUAUCAAAACUACAUAUACAUUUUUCCAAUUCGCGCACUAGCCAUGUAUGAGAAGAUAUACGGGGAAGGUUUGUCUUCGAAGGGAUAG